GGACUAAAAUGACCUUCAUUUGUAGUGAAACUCAUUUGGGGGGCUUGUCAGUAAAAAAAAAAAAAGAAAACGUUCCCAGGGCCCUCAUCUUAACUUACCGCAUGUUUCUCAGUGACACUGUACAAGUUCUCACACCGUAAAUUAAAAAUGUGGGUAAGAAACCGUUUCACUCAUCUCAUCACCACAAAUUUCAAAGUUAAAGUCCAAGUCCAAGACCCACAUCUAACAGCAACCUCGAUCAAACAACACACAGUUCGAAAUUCGCGACUUUUGUACGAACUUCAUUUUUUUUUUUUACACACUAUCGAAGUACAAUGACUCGUUCUUCUUCGCAAGCGCAUAGCAAUCGAUUUCAUAACCACUCAGAACCACUCAAUAUCUGAAUAUCGUUGAGUUUUGUAAAACGUGAAAUGAUUCCAGGGUAGGAAUGGACACACCUUUUCCCGCAGCGGUCUUCCGAACGAACCGAAGGUGAUUAUUACAAACUCGAACAUUAAGUUCAUCGAUAUCGAUAAGAAAACCAGAAAUAUUUCUCUACGAUCAAUGUGAUUAUAGAGUGAAUAACUAUUGACUUGGCAGUACAUGUUCUCUCAACAAGGAAGCCUCGCGCUGAAAUGACCAAAUUAUGGUAGCAAUAUCAAUGCAGUUCACACCGCUAGCUCUGGAUGGGUUGGUACAGUGUCGUUGUCAGACGAUGAUUGGCUGCAAAUGUGAUUCGUCAUAUCCUCUAUAUCCAAUCAGAGAUUGUUCUACAUUGUUGCGACAUUACAUCACGGGGAAUAACCUCAAGACCGGAAUGGCAACUGGUGAAACCUACCCCAUUGACGAAAAUCACCGUGAAAAUAAGAUAUCGAUGAAGGGUCCAGGUUUUCGUUUUGACGCUACAUUCAGUACGACGAAGUUCUCCUGUGAAGUAGAAAUCGUGCUGCAAAUGCAGAAAGAAAAGGAGAUCGUGACAAACAUGGAUGUACAGGAAGAAACAAAUAUCAGUGUGGAACUGGACACUGCUCCAGAAAAAACUUCGGGAUCAGGGACACUUGACGAAGAACCAAUGUCUUGGUCUUCUGUGGACUGAUGGAGGGAGACAAGGUUCUUUAGGAUUUUCAGAGGAUCAUCGCGGAUCACAUUUUUUUUAGUUGGGAGAGGGGGUUGUAGGGUGGGUUAGACAAUGGAUGCGAUGAAAGGAGACAAUGUUCUCUGAGAUUACCAGAGGAAUGAUCGCGGAUCACAUUUUUUUAAUUUGUAAUUUGGAAAGGGGGUGGGGAGGGGUGGAUUGUGAGACAAUGGAUCUGAUGAAGGAAGACAACACUGUAUAAACGCUGUUUAAAAUUUUGAGCACGUUGUUUAAGCCCGUCACUCUAACAACUACCGUUUAAACUUUUUAAACAACUGUUUAACUUUUUUAAACAAGUUGUUUAAACAGUUUAAACAAUUACAAACAAGUUUAAACAACUUGUUUUUAGAGUGACAGGCUUAAACAACGUUUUUUGUACUGAAGCUUUCCUUGGAUUAUCAGGGCAGUGAUCGUGAUCACAUUCUUUAGUUGGGAGAGGGGAUGAGGGUGUAUGGUAUCGGAUUUGAUAGAGGGAGGAAAGGUUCUGUUGGAUCAACAGAGGAACGAUCGCCAUUACUUUACAAAUUGCAUAUAUCCACAAUUUUCUGAAAUAAACACCUGGGGAGCGUUUCAUCAAUAUUUUCAUCCGACAAGUUGUCAGGUCUGACAUCUUUCCAUGAUUUUGAUUGGCAGAGAGGCACUGUUCCUAUGGUAACUGUCGGAUAAAAUGGGACUUGUCGGAUAAAACCUCCGACAAGUCCUUUCAUGAAACGCCCCCCUGAUAUAUCUUACUAUAUUUUGCAUGUGCUGCAUUUAAUUGACUACGAUUUCCCCCAAUUAAUUACCAUACCUGUAUGAUAUGCUAAAAGCAACGCGUUUUUUUAUCAUGGUCUACGCCAGGGUAUUUUAGAAGAAAUUCUGAAACACAUUUUGUUACUUGUUACACAACAGUACAUUAUUUUUUUAUUCAAAAUAAUAUUUAUAAUGCUCGAUGAAGUAAGUUGUUGUUAAAUAUUAUUUGUCUUCAUUAAUUUUGUAACGUUUAUGUGUUGAUGUAUUUUUUUCUUAUUUGUAAGACAUAUUUUUUAAAGGUUUAAUGGAUAAAUUAAAUUAUGUGUAAUGUAUAGUUCGUAUGAUUCAGUAAUUUAAUAUUUGUACAGCGCACAGAGAGUCUCUUGACUAUUAUGCAUAUUAUUACAUAAUGUAAAUACAAAAUAUCUUGUUCAUAUUUGCGUAUAAACAAUGAAAGCGGUACUCCAUGUUGACAAUAAUUUUAUCUAAAAAAUAAAGUAAAAUUUACUGAGCAAAAUGCUGAAAAUAUCAUCAAAAUCCGAAAGUAUAGCAAUAAUUUGUGAAAACAGUUUAUGCACAUCGUCAUGAAUGUUCAUUAAGUGUGACGAUGGUAUCACAUCCCUGCUUUCCCUUUUCCUAUAUAUGCUCUAAGAUGAAAUCAUAAUUAUUUCAGAUUUUCAUACAUGUUUAUAUGACAGCCCCUCCCCGUAUAAUAAAAUGAAUUGCAGCAAUGAAUAUUUCAUGCAUUAAAUCAAAUUGCAAUAUAUUUUUCUUUUUGGUUCUUUGAGGAAUAUUACAUCAUCAGUGUGCUUAUUGAAUAUUCAUGAAGACAUGCAUGGAAAUGAUUCACCGAAAAAUGCACAUUUUCAAAAUGCCAUAAUGUUGAUAUUUCACGCCCGAUUUUUGAUGAAAUUUUCAUUGCUGUGGCUGUCUGAUUUUUCUUUAUCUGUCCAAAUCAUAUUAUUUUCAGCCUGGAGUACCCCUUUAAUAGGCUCUGUGUCGAUUAUGCAUAUCUAUAUUUACUCUGGACCCAUUAUCAUGAGAAGGUUUAAUAUGGCGGAAGCGUGGUAAUUAUACCUUUCUUGAACGUGAAUUUGAACCUUCAUUGUGGUGUCAGGGAUGAAACAGUGACUGAAAUGAUUAAAACAGUGAUAUAUUCCAUGUGAAUAAAAUUGCAAGUGAUUGCACAUUUAUUCCUCUUGAGUGUAAUCCAUGUGAAAUUAUGAAGCAAUAUUAUGUUAUAUUUUUAUGCUGAAUGCCCAAACAGCUGUCGUUUAUACGUUUGAAUAUAAAAUACUGGUAGUCGAGCUUAA